AAUGAUAUUUAUUAUUGUGCUGUUUUAUUUAUUGGAUGGUUUAAAGGGUUAUUGAUUUUGUCUUAUUUAUUAGUUGGAUCUUGGGAUUUCUUAAAAUCAACAUAUGGUGUAAUUCUUUUAUUACCAGAUUUAACUCCUAAUAUUGGCCUAUUUUGGUAUUUUUUUAUUGAGAUGUUUGAUCAAUUUCGUAGUUUUUUUCUUGUAGUAUUUCAAUUACAUGCUUUCAUAUUUGCUAUACCAGUAACUUUAAAAUUCAGAAAUCAUCCAUUAUUUGCUAUAUUUCUAUUAUGUGGUAUCAUGGCAACAUUCAAAUCCUAUCCUUCAAUUGGUGAUGCUGCACUUUAUCUUUCAUUCUUACCAAUUUAUUCUGAAAUUAUAAAAUGCAA